AUGGACGGUGACCGAUAUGAAGGAGAAAUCCGGGAAAACUCGCGGAGCGCCCAGGAAAUCGCAAUGCAGAGAGGUCAGCGAAGUGAAAACACAGUACUUCCUAUGACUCGGGGUGAAAAUCAAGGGUACUACCAGCGUAUGGAGCAAAUAGAGAACACUCUAAACCAACUCGUGCGAGCUAUGAACUCCCGUCAGCCGGUUAAUGGACCUAUUAUGACCCCAGAUAAAGUUGAUCACAGCUGGACUCUUGGUAAUGGUACCUCAGAGCCAGCAUCAAACACAGCCAGCAUUCGGUGGCAGAAUAUUCAACCAUUCCCCGAUGAUGUUCCUGCAAAUAAAAUGUGGGAACAGUGGCAUAAGUUUAUAGAUCGUUUUGAAAUCGCUGUUUCUCUCUCGAACAUAAACGAUCCCGUAAAGCGCGCACAGACCUUGUUCCUGUCGAUGGGGGAAAAAUUGCAGGGGAUUGUCAGAGCUGCACGGCUUCGCCCGAGUUUGCAAGAGCCUAACUGUUACUCAAAAUUUGUGGAAAAUAUAGAAGGGUACCUGCGUUCAAUGGUAGAUAUAACAGCAGAACAUGAAGCAUUUACUAGGUUAAAACAACAGCCAAAUGAAUCAGUCCUAAGUUUUCAUGCUCGUCUAAUGGAGAAAGUACGACUUUGCGGAUAUAGCAGCGUUGACGAAGAUCGGUUAAUUCGAACCCAACUAUUGAAUGGAAUGAGGAAUCAAGAUUUGGUCGAUGCAUCAAGAAUGUAUGGAUACGAAACCGCUUUUAUCGUGCAGUCAGCCACACGCCAAGAAGCUUAUGCUCCAGAAAUAAUGCAACCUGAGUCAUCACAAACGUUUGCCGUCUCGCGAAACAGGCAAAGGAAUCCCAAUGCCCAACAGUGGAAACGCAAGUACGAGGAGACUGAUAGUGGAUGGAACCAGCGGAAGAAGCGGGAUGCAAAUUAUGAUGAAUAUCGCGGCCGAGGACGUCGAUCACGCUGUUCCAAAUGCAACAGGCUGUUUCACAAAUUCGGGUCCUGCCCGGCACUUAACAACAAGUGUAACUCUUGUGGCCAGCGUGGCCAUUUCGCAGUGGUGUGCCGAAGAAAAUCCGCAAGCCGAGUUCGAGUUGAUCGAAGCAGCUCUCCCGGUUGGAGCAAAGAAGAAGAUAAAGAAAAAAACCAGAGGGGUUGUCAAAUAAACACUAUUUCUUUAACGGAUGCACUGAUCGAUUGUCGGGUAGGAUCCUCCAAACCGAUACGCUUCCUAAUAGACGCAGGAGCGGAUGUCAAUACUAUUGGUGGCGAUGACUGGAAACGAUUAAAGCAUGAACUCCAUACGGGCACAGCCAACCUAAAACCAAUCCAGUUGUCGAGUGACAACGAACUGCGCCCUUACGCGUCGAAUAAGUCCAUUGGCGUUACGUGCGCAUUUAGGGCUAAAAUAGAAGUGGUAGGCUGGCAAAAACCAGUAAUCGAUGCCGAUUUCUUAGUUGUUAGCGAAGGAACUCGCUCACUGCUGGGGCGGUCCACAGCAAGUGAUCUGAAAUUGUUGAAAGUUGGGGUAACCGUCAACAACUGUGAAACAUCGAAGCGGCUACCCAAGUUUCCAAAAGUACCGGGCGUUCGAGUGAAGUUUUGCGUUGACAGGAGCGUCCCUCCGACGAAAAAUGCUUACUAUAAUGUACCCGCUGCUUUUAGACAGAGUGCGAGAGCUAGGCUCGCGGAAAUGGAAAAACAGGGUAUCAUAGAGCGUGUAACAACAGCACCCGACUGGAUUAGCGGCAUAUUGGCGGUUCCAAAAGGCAAAGGAGAUUUUCGCCUGGUUGUAAACAUGCGAGCACCAAAUCGAGCAAUUAAACGCGAAUAUUAUCGCCUACCAUUGCUAGAUGAGAUGAGAGUUAAGCUCCAUGGGGCCAAAUAUUUUUCAAAACUUGAUCUUACAAACGCAUUUUACCAUUUGGAAUUACAUGAGUCGUCGAGGGAUUUAACAACUUUCAUGUCGGAAAAUGGCAUGUUUCGGUUUACCCGGCUAAUGUUUGGGGUAAAUUGCGCCCCUGAAAUUUUUCAGCGCGAAAUGACGAAGAUACUCGAAGGAGUAGAGAAUAUUAUUACAUACAUAGAUGAUAUUCUCAUCUUCGGGGAUACGUUGGAGCAACUUCGCAAAACUACAUCCCAAGUGUUGAGGAUCCUGAGGCAGAAUAAUUUAACGGUAAAUACUGGUAAAUGCGAAUUCGAUCAGACUAGAUUAAAGUUUCUGGGCCAUGAGGUUGAUGAAAAUGGUUUCAACAUCGAUGAAGCGAAAGUAAAGAACAUUCGGAGAUUCCGACAACCUAGCACGAUUUCCGAACUCCGAAGCUUCCUGGGCUUGGCCUCGUUCCUAAGUCCGUAUAUCCAGGGUUUUGCCGAUCUCGCGAGGCCAUUAUGGGCGGUCACUAGCAAUAGUGUUUGGUCCUGGAGCGAGGAACAAACGAAGGCUUAUGAGUGCCUUAAAGACCGCAUUGAACAAUGCACAACCUCCCUAGGAUACUUUUCGGAAACAGACAAAACAAUUCUAUACACGGACGCCUCCCCAUAUGCUCUGGGGGCUGUUCUCAUUCAGGAUGACGGUAGAAAACCUCCACGCGUUAUAAGUUUCGCAUCAAAAGCUCUGACAACGACCGAGAAGAGGUAUCCACAAAACCAACGCGAGGCUUUGGCUGCAGUGUGGGCGGUGGAGCAUUUCGCCUAUUUUUUGCUUGGAAGACCUUUCACACUUCGUACCGAUGCGCAGGGUUUCACGUUUAUUCUAAAUAGAUUACGCGAUGAUUCCAAGCGAGCGUUAAACCGUGCAGAUGGCUGGGCUCUUAGACUUAGUCCAUAUAACUUUAACGUGGAAUACGUGCGUGGAAGGGAAAAUAUUGCGGAUCCGUCAUCAAGGCUUUACGCUGGCACCGAUGGUCCUUUCGAAGAAGAGAUAAGCCCGUGGGAAGUCGCAUCACUUGAAAUGAAUCAAAUUCAAUUCUUAACCGAGGACGAAAUUAAACAUGCUACAUUUGUGGAUGUACAGCUUAAAAAGGUAAUCGAUGCUCUUGAAACGGGAGUUUGGCCUAAGGAAUUGAGACGAUUUGAAGCGCUUGGUAGUGAUUUAACGAUACGUGACGGGAUUUUGGGUAAAACCGGGUGCGCGAUCAUACCGGAGAAUCUUCGCCAUAAAACGCUAACAAUCGCACACGAGGGCCAUCCGUCAGUUGCCAAAUUUAAAAGCAUACUAAGGGAACGCGUUUGGUGGCCUGGCAUGACAAAGGAUGCUGAAACUUGGACAAAUUCAUGUGCAGUUUGUGUAACCAAUGGAAGACCCGAAAGGCCGACUCCUAUGAUGAGAGUCUUUGCUCCUGAUACCGUAUGGGACACUAUCGCUCUAGAUUUUAACGGUCCCUAUUCUAAGUUCGGUAAUGUUUUAAUUCUGGUCAUCGUUGACUAUCGCUCCAGAUACAUAAUAGCUAAACCGGUGAAAUCUACUAGUUUUGAGCAUACGAGAAGCGUAUUGGACGAAAUCUUCGAGAAAGAAGGAUUUCCAGCGCAUAUUAAGUCUGAUAAUGGCCCCCCUUUCAACGGGGAAGAGUAUAGACAGUAUUGCCUUGAGCGUGGCAUUGAUAUCAUCUUCUCCACACCAUUUUAUCCUCAGCAAAACGGAUUGGCCGAGAGCUGCAUGAAACUAAUAAAUAAGGCGAUGGCAGCUGCGUCUUCAAGUGGGACAAAUUACCGUGAUGAAUUGAAGGCCGCGAUCUGUGCUUACAACUCUGCUGCACAUUCCAUCACGGGGAUACCACCAGAGGAGGUAAUGACGGGAAGGAAAGUCAAACGCGGGCUACCUCUUCUAAACCGUAGUAAAGCAACAUUUGACGACAACUUACUAAAUUCGAGAGAUCGGAAGUCUAAGCUAGAAGCCAAGAAGCGAGAAGAUGCUAAACGAGGAGCGCGUAAGUGUCAAGUAAAACAAGGGGAUAUGGUAGUUGUAGAACGCCAGGUUCGCGCAAAGGCAGAGUCGCGAUUUAACCCUUGCAAGUACACUGUGAUAGAGGAGCGUAAUGGAAUGCUCGUUUUAAGCGAUGAAAAUGGGCAAAUACUGAAAAGACACGUGUCACAAGUCAAGAGAGUUUAUGAGUGGAGGGAACCUAAAGCCAUCGGAUCUAAGGAAUCUAUCAGCAUUGAUCCAUCGAGAGGUCCACCAAGGCACAAGGAACAAGAAGCUAAGCUGCACCCUGACGAAAUCCAACGUCCGGUACGCGAUAGAAGGAAACCUGCUUACUUGAAACAUUAUUGUUGA